CACAAGUCCCGCCCCUUCCGACCAGCAGCGGGUGUUUAUGGAGCUUUCUUACGGGUAGUAGGUUGCAGGUGAGGAAAAUGUCUUUAUACGACGAUUUAGGCGUGGAGACGAGCGACUCAAAAACAGAAGGAUGGUCGAAAAACUUCAAGCUUUUGCAGUCCCAGCUGCAGGUUAAGAAGGCAGCUCUAACACAAGCAAAGACUCACAGGACAAAACAGAGCACAGUACUUGCCCCCGUCAUUGACUUAAAACGCGGCAAUACAGAUGAUCGACAGGUUAUUGAUACCCCGCCUCACGUGGCUGUUGGAGUGAAGGACCCUGUUCCCAGUGGGUUUUCUACAGGAGAUGUCUUGGUUCCGUUAGCUGAUGAGUAUGAUCCCAUGUUCCCAAAUGAAUUUGAAAAAGUGGUUAAACGACAGAGAGAGGAAAGGCAACGUCUGCGUGAGCUGGAAAGGCAAAAAGAAAUUGAAGAAAGAGAAAAGCGAAGAAAGGACCGGCAUGAGGCCAGUGGGUUUUCCCGUAGACCUGAUCCUGAAUCUGAUGAGGAGGAAGAUUUUGACAGAGAGCGUCGUAAGAGAGUCAUGGGAGGAGCAGCUAUUGCACCACCGACAUCACUGGUUGAGAAGGAUCGGGAAUCCAUUGUGCCCUCUUAUGAUGAGGAGCCGAGGCCCCGUCCACCUAUACCUAAAGCAGCAAUUCCACCUCCCAUAUAUGAUGAGCCAGAGAGACCUCGGUCACCAACUGGGCCCAGCAAUUCAUUUAUUGCAAACAUGGGUGGAACUGUGGCUCAUAAAAUCAUGCAGAAAUAUGGCUUCCGGGAAGGACAAGGUCUGGGAAAACAUGAGCAGGGACUUAGUACUGCCUUAUCGGUUGAGAAAACAAGCAAGAGAGGAGGCAAAAUCAUUGUUGGUGACUUGGCUGAUAAAGUUGAUGCAUCUAAAAAAGCUGAUCCAAACCCUCUUACAGAAAUACUGAAGUGUCCUACCAAAGUGGUUUUAUUGCGGAAUAUGGUUGGUGCAGGGGAAGUAGAUGAAGAUCUGGAGGGUGAAACAAAAGAAGAAUGUGAAAAAUAUGGCAAAGUUAGCAAAUGUGUCAUUUUUGAGAUCCCUGGCACUCCAGAUGAAGAGGCUGUGAGGAUAUUUUUGGAAUUUGAGCGGGUGGAGUCGGCUAUAAAAGCUGUGGUGGACCUCAAUGGAAGAUACUUUGGUGGUCGAAUAGUGAAGGCAUGCUUCUACAACCUAGAUAAAUUCAGAACUCUGGACCUUGGAGAUUAAGUUUACUGUAGUCCUAUACUUUGAAGCGAGUAGUCUCUUCAGAGUGUUGGGGACCAUGAGUGUCAUCUACUCAUCAUGGAAAUAUGUCAGUUUAUCACGUUUAUUGUGAUGGGUUUCGUUUCUUCUUUUUAUAGUAUAAAGAACCUUUUAAAACC